UUAUUAUUAUAAUAAACCCAGACCUAGCAGCGAGUACGAUAGAAACUCCGAGGUGCGCGCGUCCGCGUCCGUCCAAUUUCCUCCAUGAAUAAUCGAGGAAUCGACGGGCCGCCGGCCAACGGCGGGGAGUUCCUCCUCCAGCUUCUCCGCAACCCUUCCAACGCCAUCCCGCCUGCACCAUUGCCACAGCACCCUCCUUCGCAGGCGCUGCCGCAGGACCCCGCCGUCGCGGCCGUCGGUCCGACAAUCCCCGCUUUCCUGCCGCCGCCGCACGCAGCCUUCCCAAUCAACGGUCUCGAUUUGCCUUCCGUUCCGUGGAACCAUUCCACUUCGCCGCCGUUUGCUCUCCACAAUUUCUUCCAGCAAAACCCUAGGCCGAACCCUAAUUUAAACCCUGAUUUGUCGCCGCUGCCCGCAGUCUUCGGCCACGCUUCGCAUCAAUUCAAUCUCCACUCCAGUCGCGCACCGUCCGUCGAUGAUUCGCGGACAUUGGGGUCGUAUGGGGACGCAUCGAAGCCAGGCGUCGCUCAUCAACCGGAACAAGUUCUCAUAUUCGGUUCGUUAAACCGCGAAAUCCUUCAAAAUCAGGCACCGGAUGUAUUGCAUCAGAGUUUUUACAGAAGGAAUAGAAUGGAAGAGGGAUUAGGAAUGGAUAGGAAAUUGAAUGCCCAUCCACUGAAUCCAAUUGGUGUCAAUGGAGUAGAAAAGUCUACUACCUCAAGGGUUCAUGAUCGAGAAGGAGGUGCUGAAAGUUAUAACAGGAGGAAGGAAAUAGACAAUGGUAGUUACAGGGCAGUGGCGCCGCCUCCAGGAUUUUCGAAUAAUCUAAAGAAUGUGAAUAACAGAGAAGUUGGAUUCGUGCGGAGGAGUUCAGAUCAUGAUGUGGAUAAGGGUAAGGGAAGCCAUGAGGACAUGUACAGGCAUGAUAGAUUGAGUAAUCAGCUUGAAUCCCCCGGGCUGCCUGCCGGGAGCAGCCUUACUUCAGCAUCAGCUUUUGAUAUUGAGGAGUCAAUGAAGGAAUCUCACGGUAAGGAAGUUGGGGGGAACAAUAUAAACAGAGACCGUGGGAAGAUUGAGAUGGAUGAUUUGGAGGAUCAGUUUGUGGAGUCUCUAGGGCUUGAUGAUGAAUCUGGUGAGAAGAAUGACAAGAAGAAGUAUCAGCGCGACAAGGAUUACAGAUCUGAUAAGAGAGGGAAAUGGAUAAUGGCUCAGAGGAUGAGAAAUCUUAAAAGGUUUACGGUGUGUAGAAAGGAUAUAAACAACCACAACGCUCCAUUUUUAGCUGUGUUCCAGUCAUUAAUCCCAGCUGAUGAAGAAAAGGUUAAGCAAAAGCAAUUAUUGGUGUCCUUGGAGAAGAUUAUUACCAAAGAAUGGCCUGGGGCACGUUUAUAUCUGUAUGGUUCUUGUGCAAACACAUUUGGCUUUUCAAAAAGCGACAUUGAUGUGUGCCUCACAAUGGAGCCUGGAAGUAUCGACAAAUCUGAGGUCUUGUUAAAGCUGGCUGAUAUGUUGCAGUCGGACAAUCUCCAGAAUGUGCAGGCGCUGACACGUGCCAGAGUUCCUGUGGUGAAGCUCAUGGAUCCAGCUACUGGUAUCUCCUGCGAUAUAUGUAUAAACAAUUUACUGGCUGUUGUAAACACAAAGCUACUUCGAGAUUAUGCUCGGAUAGAUGCAAGGCUCCGGCAGUUGGCAUUCAUCAUCAAACAUUGGGCUAAAUCACGUGGAGUCAACCAAACUUAUCAAGGAACUCUCUCAAGCUACGCGUAUGUGAUAAUGUGCAUCCAUUUCUUGCAACGGCGAUCGCCUCCCAUUCUUCCAUGUCUCCAGAGAAUGGAAGUUACAUAUUCCGCAAAACUUGACAACAUCGAGUGCGCAUAUUUUGAUCGGGUGGAAAUGCUUCAAAACUUCGGGUCCCAGAAUCGGGAAGGCGUUGCUCAACUAGUCUGGGGCUUUUUCCAUUACUGGGCCUAUUGUCACGACUACGCCAACGACGUCAUUUCAGUUCGCACUGGAAGCACAAUACGAAAGGCAGCUAAAGACUGGACUCGAAGGGUCGGCAACGACCGUCACUUGAUAUGCAUCGAGGACCCGUUCGAGGUAUCUCACGAUCUCGGCCGUGUGGUGGACAGGUACAGCAUUAGGGUCCUCCGGGAAGAGUUUGAACGCGCCGCUGAAAUCAUCCAGCACGACCCCAACCCCAGCGUAACUCUGUUCGAGCCCUAUGUUCCUGAGUAAUGCCCCGUCGCCCUGCUCGACGGACGUCGACGACGGCGUCUUUUCGUGUAAAUUCCCUAUCUCACAAUCCUUUGAACUAUCAUCAAUCCUGUGUUGGGUUUAUUUAUACCUUGCUUUGAACGUUCGUACCCUUGAAAGUUCUCUCUUAUCAGUUUGUACAUGGUGAAAUUUUGUUGCCC